AUGCCCACCUCUUUCUACAGCCUGCCGCCCGAGAUCCGCUAUCAGAUCUUCAACACCAUCUGGAGAUUCUCACCCGUUCCCAGCUUUGAUUGUGUCACUGGGCUGGUGCGCAUUAUUCCACACGGCCACUCAUCAGCGGAUCAGCCGUAUUGGCCGGGCUUUGAACAGCCCCCUGGACAACUAUUGGGCUUACCCCAAUGGCUACUGGCUAGCAAGACAUUCUGGGACGAAGGGGUGGACUGUCUGCGUCGUUACCCCACAGAACUGCACCUGCAUGAAAACAGCGACGACUCUGUCCGUGCGCCUAAUUCAUCUUCGGAGCUCUGGUACCAGCUUGCAACACGACUGAACGUGUUUGUGCCACUCGAAGAAACCUGGUUCCUCCCGUCUCAAAUCAACAAUCGUAACAUUUCUGUCAAACACGCUCAAAACCUGGCUAGCCUAGCAUCUUUGCUCACUUCGAAGGGACGAACGAAGCACCUCACUAUCACACUUCGAGAUGACUGCAUCUUGUUCGAUGAUACGUUUCAAUGCAUGAUCGAGACCGGAAUCAUUAUGCCACGCCCCAUUUACCUUUCCGAACUCCACGUGAUCACGGCUGUGGUACCCCAACUACGAACCUUCGAGAUCAUCUUCGCGGAAGAGUUCGAGGCAGGGAAUGACGACCCCGCGUAUGCUGUCAUGCGACAAAAGUUUUUCGAUUCCCUUCGCAGUAAUAUCGAGACACUGGGUUUUUUUGACACUCGAGACAUGAGUUUGGAGAUGAAAAAGGUCGACUUGGAUUCUCGAGACGUUUCUCGGAGGAAGAUGACGCAUACGAAUUGGUGUUUUAUCUUCAAGCGCAAGUAG